UACUCCAAGUCAAAUAGUCAAAGUUAGUUGCUGGUCGUAUCGCCAACGCACGACAGGGCAGGGCAGGGUCUCUCGUUUCAAGGAGAAUUCGACGAACCGGUUCAUAUUUCCGAUCCGAGCCCAGGGCAUAUGCUCCACCGGGUGGGAAAAUCUCGCCUAAGGAAUUCCCGCGACAAGGCGAAUUGGACCCUCGCACUCCAGAGUCCAAGGCAUGGCAGCAUAUCCCCCGCGGAGAGAGGAAGGGAGAAAGGGGGGUUAGUCAGAUACUCAUGUAGAUGGAGACGAUUGAGGCCUAUGAAGACGAUGCUGUUGCUCAUCGUUCCAGCAUCCUGCAUCGCCAUCACGAUGGUCAAUCGUCAUCAUCAUCACCCGCAGCAGCCGCAGGAUAAUCAUUCCGAUGCUCGAGACCCAUCGUCUCAACAAAAAAGAAAGCAAAAGCCCGCGGUUCCAGAUUCCGAAAACAUGCCAUCGUUAUCAGCUCUCCCCCUCGAAGCCCUCUUUUUUUCCUUGACGAGAUGAGAAUUGGUGAUAUCUAUCUGCUCCCCGUGCGUGCGUGCGUGCGCUCGUGCACCUGGAAGCAA